UACACAUCGGACAGCCAAUAAGCUUUCGCUUGUGCCGUAUGGAGGGUCCUUAGCUCUCUCUGUGACUCUCAUCUUACUGUCAGCCAAAUCAAAGACCUCUUCUUCUUCAAUCCAGAAUUUGUUUUGCCUUUUGUUCAGCCACUGAUCCAUCCAGUCGUUUAAGCUCUCUCUUUCUUUCUUUUGCUCUGGUUUUGGGUAUCUCAGACUUUGAAGGGAAGAACUGAAAAAAAAGGUAACAUGGCUUUAAAUCCACUCUUGCUUUGUACAUUGACUAGUUUAGUUUACUAAUUUCUGGGGUUUUACCCAUAAUCUCACAGAAAGGCACGGAUUUUAAUUUACAUUUUACAAUUUUAUAUUACUUUUCAGCAAAAGCAUGAAUAUCUGGUUUUUCCAUUUUAUUGCUGGGUUUCUUUCUGUCUCUUGUUUUGAAAUUUUGAUUUAAAUUUAACUGGUAUUAAUUCUGUUAUUUACUUGCAUUGAAUUUCCCCACAAAACCCUUUAUUUCUUUUUAGCACACAGAGAAUCAAGGCUCAUCAAUUUGAAUUUCUUUUUUCUAGUUUUAUUUCAAAGUUCUAAAACCAUUUGUCCUGAAAUAUGUAAAACCCACCAUCAAAUUGUUUUAUUUUGUUUUGUUUUAUUUUAUUUUAUAAUUCCUCAGCUGUUUGCUGUGAUUCGGGUUCUGAAUUUCUGUAGAUAUGAUGAUUGCAACUUGAUCAGUAGAUUAGUCUUUAAUUUUCUUUAGUUGUCUGACCUGAAACAAGUUCUAUGCUUAGUGGUAAAGUUUCAGUUUUGUACAUCUGUCUUUUAAUUAGAUAUGCUAAACCCUUUACCAGGGAUGUUAAUAUUUAACAAAUUCUUCAGCUUCACAUCAUUUAAUUUUUUAGUGUAUCCACUGAUUAAUUGUUAUCUGAGAAUAGUGAAAUUUUCGUUGUAAUUUAUUUCAUGGCGCUUGCUUAUAACAUGUUUUCUGGGCAGAAAAACCUUUAUUUUAAGGGAUGCUUGAUUAAAUUAAGAAGGUUUCAAGUUAAAUCUUUCAGCUACUUCUGCUGGAUUUGUUUUCUCAUUAAGGGUGGACAGCUUUUGUUUUGGUGCUUCUUGGUCCUCUUUUCAGGUUUAAAAUAAACCUUUAAAAGUGAUUUUCUUUGUGAAUUGUGAUGUCACCGCCACUGCUUGGUGUUGGUGAGGAGGAGGGUCAGAGCGAUGUUACAUUUUUGUCUUCUUCGGGUUCUAUGGAGAGUGUAUGCCAAAACAGCUUGGAAUUGAAGGAGCAAAAUUACAUGGGAUUAUCUGAUUGUUCUUCAGUAGGCAGUUCAAAGGUCUCUACUGCCUCUGAUGGAAGUAAAAGUAGUCUGAAUUUGAAGGCCACUGAACUUAGACUCGGGCUUCCUGGAUCCCAGUCUCCCGAGAGAGACUCAGAUUUGAGGGUAAUCACCACUCAACUUGAUGAGAAGUCCCUAUUCCCGCUGCAUCCUUUAAAGGAUGGCCACUAUUCUUCAUCGCAGAAAAUAGUUGUUUCGGGAAACAAGAGAGGUUUCUCCGAUGCUAUGGAUGAGUUCUCAGAGGGGAAAUAUGCUAAUUCAGAGGUAAACGUGUUGCUGUCACCCAGACCUUCUCCAAACUUGGGACAAUCUGGUUCUACACUUGAGAUCCUUGGGACUCAACCACCUAAAACAAAAGAGGUGGCACCAGCAAAGGUAUUACAAGAGAGGCCUCAUGCUGUCAAUGAUACCAGACCAAAUCAUACCGGAAAUAGUACUAGCAGUGCACCUGCUUCCAAGGCGCAGGUUGUGGGUUGGCCACCUAUAAGAUCAUUUAGGAAGAAUUCAUUGGCCACUACAUCAAAAAACACUGAGGAAGUAGAUGGAAAAUCGAACCCUGGUGCUCUGUUCGUCAAGGUCAGCUUGGAUGGUGCACCUUAUUUGAGGAAAGUAGAUUUGAAAAAUUACUCCGCAUACCAGGAACUUUCUUCUGCUCUUGAAAAGAUGUUCAGCUGUUUUACCAUAGGUCAAUAUGGAUCUCAUGGAGCUCCAGGCAGAGAGAUUAGCGAAAGCAAGCUGAAAGAUCUGCUUCAUGGCUCAGAAUAUGUUCUAACUUACGAGGACAAAGAUGGUGAUUGGAUGCUUGUGGGCGAUGUUCCUUGGGACAUGUUUACUGAUACCUGCAAAAGGAUGAGGAUUAUGAAGAGCUCAGAUGCCAUCGGCCUAGCUCCGAGGGCCAUGGAGAAGUGCAGGAACAGGAACUAGCCAUUAAUAUACAUUGUGAUGCCUUCCAUCUAACAGUCUAUGAAUUUGGAAUGAAGGUAAGGCCUAAAUACAGGCAACCAGGUUACUUGGAGUGCAAGGAUUUGUAGAUCUUGGGGCUGGACGGGACGUCACAGGUGGCUGGUCUUAUUAUCUUAUUGCUACAUCUGUGUUUUUUGUUUACCAUGGAUUCAUGUUUUUGAGAGUUCUGUGUCUAACUUAUUGACGUUAUCAAAACUACCGAAAGUCAAAUCUCUGAAGUUGUAUGUGCACAGGUUCCUGUUCCCAUGCAGGAUCCUCAAGUUUGUGAAGUGCCAAUUGUCUGUGAACCCUUUGUUAUGAAUGCGUGUAUGAUCCAAAAGCUAUGCUGAGUUCUCCUAAGUAACCAUAAUACACGGCUACACUAUAUUUAUAGUGCUUUA